GCGAGUAGCCUCCAACAUGGCAGAUUCUGGCAGAGAAGAUCAGCACGAUUCUGUGUUGUCAUUCAUUAAUUCCGAGUUCUCGGAAGAUAUCAAAGAUCUAGUGAAGGCAAAGAACCUGUAUGAACAGGUUAAAAGAGAAAAUGAUGAAAUCCGACUUCAGGUUUCAUUGGUAAGCUCUGAGGCUCCGGGUAAGAUUGACUGUGCUCUAAAUCAGGCCAAAGAUGCCCUACUUCAGGCAAAGGUCUUAUCAUCAGAUAGGGACAGACUCCAUGAACAGAGUAAUGAGCAUUCUGUACUCAUGGAGCCAAAGGUGAAACAGCUCACAGAACUAACUGAACAGGUUGACGAGUUGGAGAGAUAUGUGUCAUAUUUAGAAUGGAUUGCAAGGCUCGAAGAACUCAGUUCUAACAUACAGACAGCAUUGAUCAUCAACUCAGUAGAAAGAGCUGCUGGUCACUUUGCUGAGAUGGCCCAGCUGAUGGAGAACCUGCAAGCCUCCCAUUGCCUCAACCUGAUCAAGUUUGCACAGGACACCAUCAUGUUCUGGUACAAGAUCCUAAAGAAUAAACUGGUCAGUGAGUUUGAAGAAAUCUUAACUGCUCUCGGUUGGCCAUUUGUUUCUGCUACUGUGAUGCCACCAUCAGCACAAGAUGUAGCUGAGUACAAGGAUCGCAUGAAGGUUCUGUUUGGCCAGUUAGUCAAGCUGCAACUACCUGAUGGUAUGGCUCCUGACAGUCAGAUCAACCACCCGCUCCUUGCUCAGAUCCCUGGAUGGAAACCAAUCCUGAUGCCCAUUCAGUUACUCAUCAAGCCUCUCAAGAAGAGAUUCCAUUAUCACUUCUUUGGCAACAAGCAGACAAACAGCAUUGAUAAGCCGGAAUGGUUCUUCACGCAGAUCCUGAGUUGGAUACGAGAUCAUCGGGACUUCCUGCGCACGACAAUACAGCCAAUGAUGAGAGAGGCAAACCUUGGUCACAUCGAUUGUCAGGUUGAGUUUAUUCGUGGUCUCCUUGUACUAGUGAUUGAGAGAAUGGCCACUGACAUUCCUGACUUGUUGUACGAUGAACACCAGUAUUCUCACCUGAUAGAUGAGGCAUUGGCAUUUGAUAAGGAGCUCCAUUUCUCCUACAACUACCCUCAGAAUCAACCAAGGUGUCUACAUGUCUUGACCGAGAAAGAGGCCUUUGAUAAGUGGAUUAUGAUUGAAAGGAAAUUUGCCCUUGAGAAGAUGGAUGCAAUGCUGUCUUCCCCCACUGCUUGGCAGUCACAGUAUAAAGAUAUACCAGAUGUAGAUGAACUGAAGAUACCAGAGUGUGGGGAGGCCUUCAUGACAUUAAUGUUGACCAUAACAGAGCGCUACAAAUCGCUGCCAUCUGCCGCUCACAGGAUCAAGUUCAUGGAUCUACAGCUCGAACUGUUUGAUGAUUUUAGGAUUCGUCUACUACAGGUCAUGAAGGAGGUCGCUAGUACACCAACCAGUAACGUGUUUUGUGCCAUCUUCAACUCCGUCAACUAUAUAAUCGACGUGGCCAAGCAGUGGAAUGAACUGCCUUUCUUCAUCCAACUGCAGUAUUAUCGCUGUGCUCCUCUAGUCAGUCAGUAUGCAACACCGAUGGCUGGUUCACCAAGGUCCCCUCUCAGCCCUGAUAAAGACAUCAGUUCGCCCCUCACACCAGCCAAGAGUAUCAUGCAGAUUUCUAUGGAAUUUGAUGAGAGUCUCCUUGACAAAAUUGAGGGUACAGUGUUUGAUAACACGAUCAAACUUUAUGAACACAUCAAGUUUGAUAUGAUGAAGAACAUUGUGAGUGAUGUAAUGAUGGAUGUUAAAGCCAGGAGUCGACCAUAUAGAAGGGAGAGAUGGAUUUGUCUGGCUUCUCAGAAAGAUUUAGUAGCGACGGGCCUGUCAUCAUCUGCUUGUGAGAUGUUUAUGGUGCUUAGGGACUGGCUGCAUGCUGUGCAACAAUUACUCAGCAAAGGAUUAUUUAGGAUAUUCUGGCAAAAUUUAGCGGAAGAUUUAAAUAGAUUUAUUUAUAAAGAGGUGAUCUUGGACAACAACUUCAAUGAUGGUGGAUCAACUCAGCUCCAGUACGAUAUGACAAGAAACCUCUUCCCGUUAUUCGGCCCUUACACUGCCAAACCUGAAAACUAUUUCAAAGAUGUAAAAGAAGCACUGAUCAUCCUUAACCUGAAGGCAGGAUCGGCCAUGCUAUUGAAGGAGGUACUGAAUACGGCCCUUCACGUGGCGCUCAUUGACCCUCAUGUGCACGUGCAGGAUCCCAUUGCAGCCUUGCACGAGGCUGGAGUCUACAAACUCUCUCCAGAGGAUGUGGAACUUUUACUUUCCUUGAGGACGGAUUUAGCCUGAUGCAAACUUUUCGAAAAGAUUUUGACAGCUGUGAUCAUGUCAGCCAAAUCACAAUCGAUAAUCAAAAAAAUUAUUGUGAUUAUUUUGAUAAAAAGAUAAUUUUCCUUGCAGCCAUGUAAAGCUCAAAUGCUGACUGUACUUGGGCCGUAUAGCAUGUUAACAUCUGACUCUCAUACAAUAUAUAGUCGUACUUCCACCUAUCAAAUCCCCGUGUCUUUUGCGCUUACACCUAUGAAUUGCCGUGUCUAAAUAGACCCGUGUGUCAAAUCCCCGUGUCUAUUAGCCCCAUCGAGCUCGAUGGGGCUAAUCGGGGGCUAAUUUAGACCCAUGUUCAACACGGGUUUUUUUAUAGGUGGAAUCUGAAUAGCCCCGGCAAUUGCAAGUUCUAAGACCCGGCGACAGAUGGUGCGGUGUAGUUGCCUCGGUAUUGCGCACGCGAAAUUCCCCUCCAACGGGAAAAAAACACAGGAGAGCCCCCCUUCCUACACCCCACCUGUCGCCGGGGCUAUUAACCAUUAUCUAACACCACUGAUAGGUGUAAGUCCGCCCCGGGUUUUUUGACACACGGCGAAGAGACGGGUCUUGAAAAAACACGGGCUUUUAUGAUAGGUGGAACUACGACUAAUGUCACUCUGGUUAGCUCACUUCCAGAGAUGUGAGCUUAUCUUAUGGCGCAGCGUCCGUCAUUCGUUGUCGUUCGUCGUCAUUGUCAUCAUCGAUUAAGAGUAGGUUUACCCUGAUAUACUUUUAUGACUCACUAAACAACUUGAACACCGUUAGAGGAAGGCAGUCGCGUUAAUGGUAUCAAACUAAAGGUAUUGAAAUAGCAGUUUUGCGCUGGCCUGCUUAAACACAGAUGGAGCAAAGGCACUGAAGGUAUUGAAGAGCGGAUGUGACAAAAGAACCCCUCAACUACUUCAUUCACUGCAGUUCAAAUAAAACCUUCACAACUGUCAUCCACCUUAGGGUCCAAAUUCAUUAGACGUGUGUAAAUUCUCCCUGAUUAAUUAGUAAUAGGGCCUAUUCAUAUUCUGUGAAGAUUUACAUGAAGGACCUGAAUCUGUCUAUUCAGUAGUUAAAAGCUGUUUUAAGCUGAACGCCCUUCAUGAAUUUGGCCCCAUUUGUCUGAGCUUGAUUCCAUCUAGUCUGUCCACAUCUCCCUAUCUACCAUAAACCUACAUUCUGGUACUCGCAUACUUGUUCCAUUUUCUUGUCAUUCAUCUCAUUCCUUGCUAUUAAAUUCCGCCAGCGUAGCUAUUCAGGCUGCUAGGCCUCUAGUUUAAAACCUAAACACCGGAGAUUGGUAACACCUCCUCCCUUAAAAUAUUACUAUCGUCCCGAUAGUUAAAGCAUACCUGUCCAAACCUCGAGAUGUUCGGAGCCGACUUUUUUCUCAGAAAAAUUAUGGAUGCCGCCUGGUGUGAGUUUACUGAUUUUCCGCAAGAGGGCACCACAGGAGAACACAUCGAAUUACAUCGAUUGAAAUAUAGAAUCAGAUUUAUUCAAAGACAAAAGCAUAUUAUAUGGUUCUUAAAAGUUCUGAUCCGUGCAAAGUCCGGUUUGCAUACAAUCAUGAACAAUGUCCUCGACGUUAAAUUCAAACGAAUACUAGUUUAUAGAUUAAAUGAAUUCCCAAGCAACGGAUUGAAUCAUGAUUUUCAGUUAAUGGUUUGUUAUUUACAUGCCUUAAUUGAUACAAAACGUACAUGUUUCAGCUUAUUUUUGGGACUAGAUGCUAGCGUAGACCGCCCGCCCGAACGUUGGCGGGGUCUGGAAAAAUUUUAAACCGAGUUGGUCUCCGGUGCGUUUUCCCGCCAUCUGAGAGACAAUGUUUAAAAAAAUUCCCGAUCCCGAUAAGGAAAUACUGCCUUAGCCCGAUUCCCAGUAGCCAAAAAUUACAAAUCCCGAUCCCGGCGGCAUGCUUGUCCCGAUUUCCCGACGUUUUUUUAGUUAAAGCCCGCAUCCCGUUAGUCAUUUUUGGCCCAUCCCGGCGUCCCGAAAAUACCCGUUCUCCCCCUCGUAUAUGAUAAUAGCGGUAGCACUAAUCUUUUGCUGCACGCAUGGCUUCAACAAUUGGGAAUGUUUCUUGGUCUCGUCUGUCUGUAUUCACCAUCAUGAGCGCAUUCAAGUUGUCUUCAGACAAGGAACAUCUCCUCACAGUUUUAAUUAGGUUCAUGGUUGAAAAGCCGCGCUCACAUGCAACAGUGGUAGGACUCAGACAUAACAAGGUCAGGCAAAAUUUCGCAAAUUCACGGAAUUCCCCCAUCUCGUACAAGCGGCAGAAGAAGUUAUCGGACCCUGGAGAAUUCUCCAACAGAUUAUCAAGGUCAGAUGUGAAUCGGUAGGUUCUGAACUGCUCCUUCAGUUGAUCAUGCUCGAACCUGGCGGGAACAUAUCUAUCUGCAACGGCCAGAAUGUUACAGUGCUUAAGACUGGCUAAUGCACGAUACUCGGGAACAAGGAAGCGCAUAUUCUGAACGACGAAGGCUAGUUCAGGGAACCUAGUUUGGAUUGCCUUGGCAGUGUUCAAAACGUACUUGUAGCAAUUCCUAUGUACUUCAUCCGCCAUCCGUGGGGUCAAUACACCAUGUUCCACUAGCUGGGCUUUCCUUGCAUGAAAACCAGCAGAGUGGAAUUCAAUGUCGGUAUUGAACCCCUUCAGGUUUUCAUCUGACAGUAGGUCAUCCCAUUGCCGACGUUCAUCCCAAACGAUCGGUUCAAUGAAUUCUCUGAUUGAAUCACUUAUGGUAUUAUAUGCCGUGAAAACAGUUUGUCCGGCGACUUGCAGUGUAGCAUUCAGUUUCGCCAGAAUCUUCAGUUCUGCCUGCAAGAAAAGCAAGUAUAACUCAAAGUCCCCUCCCGCCACUGCCUGAUAUAAUUCUCCACAUAUUCGACGAACUUCAGCCUUCCCCGUGGUCGACUCAGUCUCAAAAUAUUGGGCGACCUCAGUGUAGAGAGAAACAAACCGAUUCACACAAUUGGAGAGUGAUAGCCAUCGGACGGCUUGGUACCUGACAAGUUGGUUAUACUCAUGCUCUUCAUCCGACAUUGCUAUAAUCUCUUCCAACUUGUCGGCCCUGACAUGACUGUUCGCAAAAAAGUCAAGGACUUUUUUAAUGGUCUGCUCCACCGUUGCUGGUAUUGAAUUCUUCAUACCGUCUUUUGUUCCAAGAACUUCUUUAUGCACAAUGCAGUGUUGUAUGAAUAAGUUCUCAUUAUAGUUCAAGCGCAAGAGACCAGCCACUCCCCUCCCCAAGCUUUGCAUUACGCUUGCCCCGUCAGCAGCAAAUCCGCACAAUUUCUCCUUCGGGAGUUCCUUGUCUGUGACAAAUCCAUUGAUCAAGGUAAACAAGUUGUUGUGGUUGGGUGAACCUUUGACUCGCAGUAUCGCCAAAAAAGCCUCUACAACACACAUGGCCGACAUAUCGACAUGUCGCUCAUACAGGAUCGCCUGACCAAAACACUUUUUGUCGGUAGACUCGUCCAUCAUUAAACUCCACGCUAUUGAUUUUCUUAUGUUACUGAUGUUGUCGUCCCGUAUGUAUUCUGCAAGAUCUCCUACUCUCCUCGUUACGGUCUGUCGAGACUUCGGAAACGUUUUCACUGCUUCUUUCCCAAAGAUGCGACUUUUUGGAUCCGACAAAGAGGCCCAUGUCACGAUUGCCUCCGAUGAAUUGUAGGGCAAAUGCGCCUUAGCAAUCAUCAACCCGAGCCUGAAGGAUGCGGCCCGCUGCCCUGCUUUCAAUCCGAAAGCUUCAUUCAUCUGGCCUUUCUGUUUCCUGUUAUCAUCCCUCCAUUUUUGGAUGAAGGUCCUCCGUCUCUCUUUCGUCCAGUCUUUGGUAUCCCCAUGCUUUUCAGUGUAAUGUUUUUUUAACACACUUUGUUUUACUUUCAUUGAAACACCGCAUUUCAUGCACUGACAUUUCCCUGUGUCUAAAGAAUGUACAACCAAGAAGUAAAACUUCCCAAUCCUUAUUGAAAUGUCGGUUACAGUCUCCUGCUCUUUUCUUCUUAGCAGCUGGCUGGGUGGAUUCCCUUUCGUUGCCUUCAAGGACUACAUCUUCAACACCGGUAUCAGCCUGAUCAUCGCCAACAGGCUCCCCCUCGGCUUCUUCACCUUCAGGAUCGUCAUUCCCUGUCGGUGUUGAUGGGCCGGCCACAACGGGUUCAUCAACAGAAAUAUCAUGGCGGAUAGCAGGAGUAUCAGCAGAUCUAGCAGAACAAAAAGAAGAUUAGACUGGCUUUAGAAUUAGAUACUAUUAUACAAAACCCCUGGUACGAAACCCAGUUAGGCCGGACCUAUGAACAGAACGGAGCGGCGUGCCCAUCUUCUGCACCAAAUAAUAAACAGAUCUAGAUUCUACGGUGAUCCACACUAGCCCAUAGUUUUAGCCCCAUGCAUGCAUGCACCUUUGCUAGUUUUAGCCUUCAGCUAGGCCUAACACUUCCAUAUUUCAGUUUUCCCUGACAAUAUUGUCAACCUUACCUUUUUCGUGACCAUAGAGCGGUUAAAUUGAGCUGUUUCGCCAUUGUGUCAUUCGAAAACGAAAGUACGAAAACUGCGACAUGUGCGAAUGCGCACGCAUGUAUCAGACGUAUCAGAGGUUAGUUUCACCCUAUAACAGCAGAUGUCACCAACGUCGCAUAGCGGCCAACACACCGACAUAGUUGCGCCCUAUAAAACCAGAUGUCACCACCGUCGCAUUACGGCCGACGUGGAAUCUUAGACAAAUUAUACCACAAAAAGACGAUCACAACCAUGAUGUUGAUUUGGGGUGAUUUGACGGGUUCUUGGUGCCGUAAAAUGUGGCUACCGAUGCCGUUUUUAACGGCACUUUGAUUUUUGAUAAAGGCCUCGAUGCCGCAAGCGGCAUCCACUGAUUUUUUCCCGAUGCCGCCAAAUUAUUUUUCGAUGCCGCACGCGGCUCUCGAUGCCGCAUUUGGACACGGCUGUAAAGUAGUAAAGAAAUUAGAAUAUUAUUGAAGACCCUCCCACUCCUUGAAAUUUUAACCUUGACGCUACCUGAUACUACAACCAACUACCCCCCCUUUUGCUUAAACCUACACGUACAUAACCCUCCACCACGGUAUAAUGUUCUCUUUUUCUUUAUGAAUGUAUACAUUUCCACUUCCGUUUUGCAGUGGCUUCCGGCUUUACGACCGUGGCAUAUCCUGUCCGCCCUAACACUCCCGUCACAUUCUACUUUUGUAUAAAAAGAUAGAAUACUUCCUGAGUCAACCUUGAACCUCAAGUAUAUAUAGAUGAUACCAUUGAACCUAUUAUCAGAAUUCCGCGGGACUGCCAAACAAGGUUCACAAGAACACCCUGGAAUUAUCUUUUCGAAGAUGAUGGUUAGGCUGUGCCCUUUCCAGUGUAAUUUGGUAGAGGAUGAAAUCCAUUUUAUUCUGUCAUGUCCAAAAGUUUUCAACUUUAACGAAACCUUUUGUAGAAGACCCUCACAAUGGUAGAAGUUACUCUUAGUCCCAUUGAUUUGUUUAUUAAGGUUCUUUACUCUCGCAAAUUAAUGAUAUUAUACUAAAAAUAUCAACAUUUGUCCAUUCACUUUACUGUCUCCAGGCUCUGUCCAUUGUUAUCUUAUUGUAGUUCCUUGUUCAUAUUACUUGGGCAACAUCACCAAGAUGCCUUUUAUCUCACUGAAACAGUAGACCGAGACAGAAACGUCAUCUCUCUCCUGGACCAACAAACACCUGCUUUUCCUAUAGGCUGUACGGACAAUAACAGCCUUUCAAACAUACGUGUACAUUCAGCAGGGGUUGGUGAGGACUGAGCUAAAACGAUGUCCUGCUGUUUAUAGGAAUAUGGUAAUAUUGAGAGUUCCUUCACCAUGCUUGGCCUGGCUUAAAAUUCUCUCUUUGAUAAUCCUCAAAGGAAACUACAAAUCAACACAUCAAAAGGACAUGUUAUAAGAAAUCAAAAUAGAGAAUCAGAAUUGACUUAAGUAUUCUUUUAUUUAAAGAGUAAAACAUAAAACAGAUUUGAUUAAAAUAUAGAACUACAAAAUGAUCAAGGUAAUAUUGAUAUGACGUGCUCUUUGAAACUCAUACAGUUCUUUACUACAACCCACAUUUCCCUCUUACAUCUGCCAACAUGUGUGAUUAAAAUAUUUCCAAAAAUAAAGAAAUUGUAUACUUUGUGUACAUUCCUAAUUAAAAUAGCCCAUCCCAAUUACAGGGUACUUCUAAGAAUCAAACCUUUCUUGCGGGUCAUUUCAAAACUAUGGGGCAUACAUAAUGCCCCACAACCACUUAAGCUGUACUCACAAACACUGCAUGUAAACAUCUAUGUUUCUGGCUCAAAUAAUAGUUUUGAACUGUUGAAGUUCAAAAUAACGUUGUUUUCGUCUACUAGAUUUGUUGGAAAAUAACAAAAACGGAGCAAACUAUCAUCACUCGUGCAUUCCAUUCCCUCAGAAAUCCCACUCAGGUGGGUUUUUUUAUACAGAAAUUCCUCUAUAAUUAAACCAGCACAUGUACAGUUUUGAACUGAACUUGUAAAAUGAAUGAAGUAAAUUGACAUCUUCAAACAGGAUGCCAGUACACAGUACACAAGGUGUCCCAAAAAAGUACAAAGGCCAAGCUCGGAUGUGCCAUAAUCGAAUUCUCCACAGGUCCUGAUAGGACACCUUUUCAAUGAAAAAUCAUUUCACACGAAUCAAAAUCCACUCGGCCACUACCCGGGAUUAGGGAUUUUUGUGGUUGGGCUAGCACUGAAAGAGUAAAAUGAACUUGAAUUACUGAAGCAAUUUAAACGCAAUAUUUAGGGAAAUCCUCUCAUGGGUUAGGUGGCUUCAAAACUUGAUUUGAUUGAUUUUUCGACCUGUGAUUUCAUCAAAAUGAGUCCAUCCCUACCAGAGAUGCAACCGACUGUUUUUAGCCGCUAUUUCAGAGUGUCAUCUCACAUGUCUCAUGAUCAGGAUUUAGGAUUUUAGGAUUGAAAUUCUCACUCUUCAUUGGCCCUUUCUUUCAUAAAAAGAAAGCAAAUGAUAGCUUGGUUAUUAUGCAUGAAAGCUGUAGGAUGCUCAUUACAUAAUCUUCCAGACCUCAAAAACUGCCAUAAUUCAAGUCAGGAGGUGAUCCAACUUUUGAUUUUCAAUUGAAUAGCUUCACAUUAUUCGGUGGUGGGAUUGGGGCAUUUCAAGGCCUGACUUUGAUUUAUGAAAAUAUCUGGUUUGGAUAGAGUGAUUUUGAUCUAAUAAAGAUCAAUUUUCAUUUCAGAACACUUGCUAUCAGGAUAUGUGGAGAAAUGAAUUAUGGGGUGGCUGUAUGGCCUGUGCAUUGUUUUCUGGGACAACCAUGGAUAUUUAUUUAUAGCUCCAUGACACACCUGACUCUCCCGUCUAUCAUCUAAUAAAUUGUAGUACAAAAUAACAGGAUUACCGGCUAAUCAACAUGUAUGGUCAUACCAAUUAUAAAUCCCUGUGUUACACAUGGGCAUAACGUCGAACCAAAAGAAACACAGCAUUGAUAUAACAAGCAGUUAUACCACAGAAAUGAAGUGAUCCUGUGGUUUUAUAGGAGUGGUGAGACACACAUCUAUUAAUUUUACAGGUGUGACCGCAGUUAACUCUUUCAGUGCCCAGGAUUUGGGCAUUUUUGGGCAUUGUCACUACCCAAAAUCUCACAAAAAUAAUUGAGAUACACUCAUCAAAAUUCUUCAAAACCUUUGUCUUUACCUCCUGUUUCAAUAAAACAGCAGUAAUAAGUAGGGGCAUACUAGGAUUAUGUUCUAAAUUUUUUUGAGGGAGUGGUAUUUUUGGCCGAUUUUCACCAUUUUUCACCUAAAAUGAGGGGUGGCAAACCCCACCCCACCCUCUCAGUCGAAAAAAUUAUUCAAUUUGGACGCCCCAGGCCAGAGAAACCAUAUGAACCACAUUUGAGUAGCUGGGGACAUCUGGUGUCGUCUGGAGGAACUAAAAUACCUUAAUAUUUAGGACGUACAUGUACGUCCUUGGCACUGAAAGAGUUAAUCCCAUUCUGAACAUGCAGUGAUUUUUGCUAAGUCCCAUAAUAGGCAAAAUCCCCUUUUAACAGUGUAACUAGAACUGAUUGGUUUUGGUAUAUAUUUUUUAGUAAAUUACACAGGCUGCACCUCAGCUUAACAAACAUUUUACAUUUAGAAAACAAUAAACUUAAGAAACACUUAAAUAAAAAUCAAAUUCUACCAUGAAAUAGAAAUUACUAAUCAGGCCAGUCACAUCACUAACUUUUAUCACUUCAAGCGCUCAUAAUCUGAACUGGAAGCCUUUCAAGAAGGCAGUAAGAAACAUGAUAGAACCUGCAGCAUUGGUAGUAAUAGACAUUUGUGUCAUCUACUCUCGCAUAUGGCGUUUUAAAUUUGGUAUAAAAAAGACUGUCUGCAUGGUAAUAGGUAAAUUGGUGUUUCAGCAAGAGCCUCUUUGGUAUCUGGGUGAUCAGCUUAUUAGUAAUGCUGAAAACAUGGUUAUUUUAGGUAGCACGAUCUCUAGUGAUCUUUCGAGUGGAAAGGAUGUUGACAGCAGGAUUUCCAGCUGCAGGCGUGCUAUGUUUAGCCUCUCGUCAUCUGGCAUGAUGAGGUAUCCCGGCCUCUCUGCCGCAGCUAAGUCUUUCUUGUGGAAGACACUAGGUGUCCCUUCCCUGGUUUUUUGCGCCGAGUCACAACUUAUCACCAGCUCUGACCUGAAGAGACUGGAAUCUACCCAGGGCACAAUUGUGAAAGGUGUAAAUGGGCUAGGUAAGCGAUGCCAUCACUCUAAGUUGCUAAAUGCGCUUUAUAUACCAAAAAUAUGUGAUAUUUUAAGGGUAAGUGUAUUCUCUCUGUAUUCGAGAAUUUUUAAUCGUAGCACUGGUCCGGAUAGGACUUUGAAUAUUGCUUUACUGGGCAAGUUCCUUGCAUCUGGCAGGAGAAUAAAGGGCACGCUGCUGGACCGAGUGCUCAGUAUGGGUGGUUCACCAUCUGGCCUUGCAGUGGGACGGGCACCACGGAUGAAGCUUGCUGGUUGCCCGGAUGGAGUAGAUGUUGUGGUUGAUACAUUGCGCGGUCUGCUUCAUAAGGGCGAUUAUGGCAUCCGUAGUUCCUGUUCCCAUCAUAUGGUCACACAACUUGUGCAAUAUUAAUACCAUCAAUGUAUUGUUUUAUAACAUGUUUUUACUGUUGUGUAUUCUGUAAUGUGUUCAAAAGUCCCCACUUUUGGGGUUAUUAAAGAAAAAAAAAGUUAUGAUUUUUCAAAAGCCAGCAAGCAACCAGACUUUGCAAGAGAGUACACUUCAAUGGGGUUCUAACUUGAACCAGGAUCUGAGCAGAAAGAUGACAGGACAAAGUGCUUCAUUAUAUCAAGUAUAUACUAUAGCCAAGAAAACACAAGUUAGAUACGGCUGAAUCUUGUAGAUGAGUUUGUCACUUAAUUUUAACAAUUUAUCAAGAAGAAAAUGAGUUGUCUUCAGCAUAGAAGGAGAAUUUCAAGACAAAAAAAAUGACACCUCAUUAAUGAGAAUACUCCUAUUCAGAAGGAAGUUAUGCAACAUUUUGUUCAUCCAGGUAAACAACACCGGUUAUAUUGCCAUACAAGAGCAUGUGGUCUAGUAUUAAAUGAAAGGUCCAAGGACCUUGUGCUGACCUGGGUCUUUUUGGAGACAAACUAACUGAGUUAUUGCUGGAAUGUAUGCACUUUGUAAUUUCUGUAAUAGCAGGACUUACAUGUACGUCAUAAAUAUGAAAUAAUAUGAUUUACACUGUACCUAUGAAAAGAGUGUUAAUUGAUUAUAAGUAAUAAUAGGUUCACAUCAAACACAUUUAAUCUUUGUUCAGAAGGGCUACACAGAUGGCAGCACCAU